CGCAAAAUCGAAAGUCAUGAACGUUCGUUUUAGACAAAUUUCUUCACAAACGGCCGCAAUGAAUGGAAAGAACAACUCCUGUUCUCUGUGCUACGGGUUCAUAUUCAAUCUAUUGGUUGCCCUGUGCACCAUUGGCUUCUUGUGCUAUUUUUUGUACCGUUUUGACGCAAGGUUGGUCACGCUGGAACGAAGAGUGUGGAACAAGGAACAUGGCGAUGGCAGAAUAAGUACAAAGGAGAGGAUAGGGAGUUAUGGCCAAGCAAGUCAGCACAAGCAGGCCAUCCUUAUGAGAAAAGCAAGGACUGGUGGCAAGGUACGUCUUUCGGAAGCAAAACAGCUGAAAAAUUUGAUUAUUGAAGAACAAUCAAGAACGUGAUCUAACAAGUCUCAAUCUUGGGAAAUAUCAGGUCAAGUUCGUCAGUCUCACUCCAAGGAGUUCAUGAAUACUUACGGGUUUCAUACAGAAUACAAUUUACGUCCUCCUGGGGAUGCGUUUGCCGGCGAAAGGAUAAACGCCAGAAACGCGCGUGUGACGCGCGUGGUAACUCAAAGAACCGGCGGCAAAAACGCUACAAAGCCAUCAAACUCAUAGUUCAUCUUUAGCGGG